AUCUAAGUUGAGAUUCUACAAGUACAUCCAUCCACAAUGGUCCUAGUAUUCGUGUUCGUGACCACAAACAACGUAAAGUCCCCGACCCCACUCAUAAUUCCACGAAUCUCCAGGCAAACGUUUGUCAAGCUGCGGAUCCCUCUCCCUCUCUCGCACGGUCAACCACAACAGUCCGUCAAGAAACAUUUAGAUUCGGGGUCGUCAAGUGGUCAAAACUCCGCAAAGGAGGGCACAGCCAGGUCCCAUAGAUGACAUCAUGAUCUCCGUUGGAGGGCUGGAUGUUGUGGCUCAGGGCAUACUCGUCGCAAGUUUGUGUAUAGCAACAAUCUUUCUCUAUGCAUUCUACAACGUCUACUUGCAUCCGCUCCGUUCCUAUCCCGGCCCACGUCUCUGGUGCGCUUUCAGACUCCCCUAUGUUGUCAGUGUGCAGCGAGGCAAGAUCCAUACCCAGCUCACUGCGUUCCAUGGAAAAUACGGUCCUGUCGUUCGCAUCGCGCCCAACGAGCUAUCCUACGCAGACGGCGCUGCAUGGAAGGACAUCUACGCAAGCCGGCCCGGCCACCUCCCAUUCAAGCGCAACCCAACAUGGUUCAAGAAGCAACACCCCGACGAACCGGAGUCGAUCAUGGGACCGGAUGAAGACGCGCACGCCAGAAUGCGUCGCGCCUUCGCAAACUCCUUCUCGGAGAAGAGCCUUCGAGACCAGUCGCCAGCCGUGGAGGGUUACGUCUCCUCCAUGAUCGACAACUUCAAGCGCAGGAUCAAUCUUUCCAAAGGACGACGCAGUGCCACCGUGGAUUUGACCCAGUGGCUCAACUUUCUCACCUUCGAUAUCUCAGGCGACCUCUCCUUUGGCGAAUCCUUCGACUGCGUGAAGACAGGCAAAAUGCACUAUUGGGUCGAGAUCGUACAGGACUUUGGAAAGGGACUCGCCAUGGUCUCCGCGCUGAACCAGUACCCUCCCAUCGACAGACUCCUCCGCUUCGUCAUCCCGGAGAAGAUCAAGCAGCGACAACUCGACCACCGCCGCAUGAGCGCCGAGAAAGCAAAGAAAAGAGUGCACACGGAGUCCAACCGCCCAGACUUCGUAACCCCGGCAUUGAAGUACACCAAAGACAAGAACCAGCCCUUCACUGACGACGAAUGGGCCAUCAACAUGAUGAUCGUCGUCUUCGCGGGCAGCGAGACCACAGCGAGUGCCCUGACUGCCAUCAUGCGAGAGCUCGUGCAGAACCGCGGCGUCCUCCAGCGACUUUCAGGGGAAGUCAGACAGGCGUUCGAUAGUGAGCAAGACAUCACGAUCGCAUCGACGGGUAACCUCGCGUACCUCAACGCCGUCAUCAACGAGGGCCUGCGACUCGACCCGCCCGUCGUCAUCGGCGUCCCACGCGUCAUGCCAAAAGGCGGAGACAUCAUCUGCGGGAAGUUCGUCCCGGAGAACACAUACGUAACAUACAACCAAUACCCCUCGAACCGCCAACCCUCCAACUUCCACUCCCCCAACACCUUCCUCCCCGAGCGCUUCCUCUCCCCUGCUGCGGGAAAAGACGACUUCACGACCUUCCAGCCCUUCGGCAUCGGCCGCCACAGCUGCAUAGGAAUGAAGCUCGCGCUCGCGGAGAUGCGGCUCGUCGUCGCGAGGCUCGUUUACGCGUUCGAUUUUUCCCUUAAGGAUGCCAAGGAUCGCUGGGACUGGGGCGCGCAGGAUACUUUUAUUUUUUGGGACAAAAAACCACUGAACGUCGUUAUUAGAUUGAGUGGUGAGGCGUGAGGUUUGAAGUUCGGUGAUCUCUUUUGGGGUUUCUGGGGAAGAAGGGAUUGGUGG